UCUUAUGAAUGAUAAAAAAAUUAUACCUGUGAAGGUAGUUCUCAGGUGUCGUCCUUUGAUUAAUAAAGAAAUUGAAUCAGGACACGAAGAAUGUGUUGAAAUCAAUCAAAGUUUAUCGCAAGUCGUCAUAGGUGUAAAAUCAUUCACAUUUGACUAUGUAUUUGGGCAAAAAUCUACACAAAGUGCUAUCUACACUUCUAUUUUAUAUCCACUUUUAAAAAAAGCAUUUGAAGGAUAUAAUCUAACAAUCCUUGCAUAUGGCCAAACUGGGUCGGGCAAAACACACACCAUGGGGACAGAUUGUUUUUCAAUACCACAUGGAGAUAUAGAUACUUCUUAUGAUAUUGGACUAAUUCCUAAAGCAAUUAAUGAUGUAUUUAAAUAUAUUAAAAAUCUAAAGUCUGAUGUAAUAGAAAAUGUAUCAAACUGUGUGAAUAUAGAUUUUCGCAUAAGUGUUUCAUUUCUAGAGAUAUAUAAAGAAGAAAUAAUUGAUUUGCUAAAUUCUUAUCACAUAAACCCAAAAGAUCGUGACAAAGAAACAGUAGUUAUUAGAGAAGAUCCUAAUUAUGGAAUAAGGUUAAUUGGACUCAAAGAAAUACCUGUCAGCAAUUUCCUAGAAGCUCUUUCAUUUCUUGAAAUGGGAUCUGCUAUUCGAAGUACUGCUAGUACUGCUAUGAAUUUGACCUCAAGUCGUUCACAUGCAAUAUUUACAAUUACCAUUGAAAAAUUUUCAGAUGAUGUUACCUUAACCAAGAGCAAGAUACACUUUGUGGAUUUAGCUGGAUCUGAAAGGGUCAAAAAAACAUUGGCCGAAGGUGAAAGAUUUAAAGAAGGAGUCAAUAUAAACAGGGGACUCCUAGCACUUGGAAACGUAAUUAAUGCACUCUCCGAAGAUUCCAAGAAGAAAGGGGAAAAUGGUUUCGUUCCUUAUAGGGAUUCAAAAUUGACCAGAAUUCUUCAGGAUUCUUUAGGUGGAAAUAGUCACACUGUUAUGAUAGCUUGCGUUAGUCCUAGCCUUUUUAACGUUGAAGAAACCUUGAAUACUCUAAGAUACGCAGAUAGGGCAAAAAAAAUCAAGAACAAACCUGUCAUCAACAUUGACCCCUACCAAGAGGAGUUAUCCAGACUUAGAAACAGAGUCAGAGAAUUGGAGGAAGAGAUUUCACUGUUUAGAAACAACAAGGAACUCAAGGACCAUAAAUCGAUUAAUGGAUUCGAUGAAGUUUAUGCCCAAUCACAGCAGGAUAACCUUUACAAGCUCAAAUUAGAAAAAGUUGUCCUUGAAUUUCAAAACUCUUUGGGGCAAAAUAUCGCAAUGGAAUCCGAAAUGGAUUUGCUAAAGAAGGAGUUAGAAUUUUAUAGAGACAAAAUAUUGAAAUUCAACGUGGAAUCCUUAGAAGGAAAAAUAUUGAGCCAGCAAGUAUUGGAAAAAGAGAGAGAUGAAUAUAUGUCAGAAUUCAAGAGCCAACUUCAUAAUUCAUUGCAGGCCGACGAAAAUAAUUCCAUUCUAAAUGGUAAGACUAACAAUUUGAACGACGUCAUGGAUCAAGUCGACAUGAACUUGGAACUCAAGUCACUGUCCCAGGCCAUAUCGGACAAGGAAACACUUAUAAAUCAGAUGCAAACUAAUGAAAACGAGAUCCUAGCUUUAAAAGAGAGAUAUCAAAGAGAAGUGGAUGAGUUGCAAAGCGAGAAGGAAAACCUGAACAUAGCUUUACUUGAAGCCCAAAGGAACAAAACGCUCAAAAGCGAACUCAGCGAAAAACGCAGAAAGCGACUGUUGGAAUUGGAAAGCAAGAUUAUAACCAUGACCAAAAAGAUUGGCGAUCAUGACAAACUUAUGAAAAUCAAGGAACAGAACAAAGCCCUCAUUGAUAAACUCCAAACCGAUAUUACCGAAAUGAAACAAUCACGCGUUAAAUUGAUCCGCAAGAUGAAGGAGGAAAGUGAUAAAUUUAGAAAAAUGAAAAUGGAGAAAGAUAAAGAAAUGAUUCAAUUUAAGUCGAAUGUCCGUAAACGUGAAAUCGCUUACAAUCAAAAGGAACAGAAACUGAAGACGGAACAAAUCGUCUUGAGGCGUAAAAAUGAAGAGAUUUUGGCCACGAAUAAACGAUUGAAGGAUAUUCUCACCAAAAGGCAGAACGUUUUGACCUCCAAAGAGAACGCUGGCCCUAAGCCGAAGCUGCCGCUACAAUCACAUAACAUAAAAUAUAUUAGCACGACUAAUAAAGAUUCUAUUGAGGCCAAAGUGAGUAGUAGCGCUCAAUCUAAAAGCCAUGACGGAACCCAUGCGGAAGACAUUGGUCAUGUUUGUGAAAGGAUACAUAACGAAUUCGAGUUUUUAGUUUGUUUGCAGAUGGCCAAAAGACAAAUCGAACAGCUGUGUUAUGAAAGGAAAGAAUUGACAGACAAGCUGAACGAGAUUGAAAGCCCUUUGCAAGAAACCAAUUCUAAAAAAGUUUGCAAAAGUCCUCAUUCCCAACUACACUCAGAAGGGGAAAGAGAGAGUGAUGAUGACGAGGAAGAGGAUGGUGAUUAUGAUUCGUCUCACUUUAAUUGCCUUCAGAAAAGCUUGCAGUACAAAACGCAGCAAAUAAAUACCCUCAAGGCUAAGGUAGAAGAGGCCGAAACUUCAAACGUGGAUUGGCAUUCUAUAUUACAUAAUACUAAUGAACCCUCUUCGGAGUCCAUUAGCCCCGCUCUUCUGGAUUGGCUAUUUCAAUAUUGUUUGGAUACCAAUUUGAAGUUAGCCAUCGAGGACCAAAAUAAAAAGGAAAGCUCUGAUAAAUUUGCCGAUUUGCAACAAAGACUAAUCGCUUUCGAAUUGGAAAAGCAAAAGGCCACUGAUAUUAUACAUCGCGAAAAUGAGGCAAAGAUAAAUAUGAUAUUAAAGCAAACGGGAAAAAUAAUUGUUACAAAUACAAAUGGUUCAAAUUCCGACGAGGCUCUGAUUAAGAAACUCUCUGAACUUCAAAAUUCUGUCCUUAGUUUGCAAGCUCAGAACGAACUCUACGAGAAAAAAUUGGCCGAAAAGGAGACCCAGAUUUAUGCUUACGAAGAGGAAUUCGAAAAUAUUAAAAAAAAGUCAUAUCCAAUCAAAAUGUUUACCCCAGUCGGAAUUCGAGUCAAAAAAAACCCAAGGAAUACCAUAAAUCGAUUGACGGACACUACCAAAAGAAAAUCUAAAUCAUAUUUAUUGAAAAUGACCAAGAAACGUGAAAGCAGGGAUAACGCCUCAAAUCAGAGUUCUAGCCAGUCGGAAAACAGUCUUGAUAGCGCACACACUACAGAUGAUGAACACCAAGAAUUAAAUGAGACCUUUCUCUUGAAUGGCAAUGCCACUAAAAAAUAUUUGUGUAUUCCACCCAAUCAAUGUAACGAUGGCAGUUUAGCCAAUGCUACCUUCAACAUGGAUUCCGUCGCAUCCAAUUACUAUAACGAAAGGAAUCCUGAUGGUAUCGACGACAUCUUGGAUCAAGAUGCAAUUCUUAAGGGUAAAGAGAAACGCGAAGAUAAUAACGUUAACAGCACCAUCAAUAAUAAGUUUAUCAGGACCAAACGCAUAUUCCAGACAGCCUUCGAAACACAGAAUUUUUUUUCCCCUCACGUUUCAAAAAAAUCAUGAAAAAGAGCCUCUCAGCUGUAACAUUUAUUUUCAUUUGUCAAAAAAGCUUUUAUUACUAAU